AAUAGUGAUUUGUUUGCGGCGUUUUUGUGCAAGCUGAGAAAAGAAAUAAAUGGGCGUAUAGAAAAGAAACUUUUAAUUUCUAUAUUACCGUAAAAUGGAAGCGAGUAUCGAGCAAACCCCAACGGCCCCAGAAACCGCUUCUAAUAAUGAACAGGAGCAUAAUGAGGAGGGCAUGGAAGAAACUGAGGAUUACAGUUUCGAUGGUGAAGAUUAUAGGCAUUUCGUACCACGGGGACGAGGAGGCUUUAGGGGUCGUGGCAGAGGUGGGUUUGAUUUUCCCAUGAGAGGUGGGCCUCCAAGGUUUAGAGGAAGAGGAUUUGGACCUAGGGGACCAAUGUUUCGAGGAGCAAAUAAUGGAUUUCCAUUUGAGGGACCUCCUAGGCCAAAUUGUCCACCAGGUCCAGCAGGGCCACGUUUUCGAGGACCUCCACCAUUUGAUCCUAGUUGGGGACCCAUGGGACCACCGAAUCUGAUGGGACCGCCAAAUCUUAUGGGACCUCCAGGAAUGCCACCGCCACACAUGAUGAAUGGCCCAAUUGGGACAGGUCCGGGACCGUACGGACCACCUCCUGGAAUGGGACCACCAAAUAUGAAUAACAUUCCAGGUCAGCAGCAACCCCCCCAACAACAGGCACAACAGCAAGCAAACAUUCCAGGCUUAGAUCUCAAUGGAGAGGUGUGGGUAGAAACGAAAACACCAGAUGGCAAGUCAUAUUAUUAUAACAUUCGUACAAGGGAAACAACAUGGACAAAACCAGAGGGACCAAAUGUUAAGGUGAUGGUACAAGACCAGUUAGAGCAAUUGGUACAUGGAGCAUCGAAACAAGCAGCCCCAUCAAGUACUCCUACUUCUGCAGCUACAGCUCCCAAUCAAAUAAGUGAAAAUAGAGUGUCUCAAAGUAGUGAACAAUCUUCUACAAAUAAUGCAGAUGCAAUUAAUCAACUUAGUACUGCCCCUCCCGGUACAGGACCGCCUCCUACACUUGGCGAAACACCAGAUAUGAACACUCAGGCAGGAGACACAACACAAGCAAAUGGUACAGCACCUGCAACUGUUACUAAUACUCCUACUAUGAAUACCCCCGCAGUUAAUACAAACAUGAUGCAACCACCUCCUAAUAUGAUACCUAUGCAACAUAGGAUGCCAAAUCAAUUCGGCGGGCCACUUGCGACACAAUUCGGAGCAGCUCCCUUUGGUAUGCCACCACCAGGGUUCCAACCUUUUGGAGGCUAUGGUCCACCACAGGCAAAUUGGGGUAUGCCACAGAUGCCACACGGAGUAAUGGCUCCACAAGCUCCGGCGGAGGACCCUGCCAUAUUAGCACAACUUGAUCAAGAACUUGUAGCGUCUGCUAUGGUAUGGACCGAACACCGUGCUCCAGAUGGCAGACUAUAUUAUUACAACAGUAAAGCAGGAGAAUCUGUUUGGGAAAAACCACAGGCUUUGAAAGAUCUUGAAAGUGCAAAAUUAGCGUUACGGCAGAAGGCUGAAGAAGCAGCUGCAAACUCUACAAACACUGCCGUGAGUAGUUCUACUGUCAGUAAUAAUAAUAUAGCCACUGAACCCAUAAAACAGGAAAAACUUCAAGAAAGCAAUCAUGAAGCCAAAGAUAGUGUAAAGGAACCAGAAGCUAACAAACCGAAAAAAGAGGAAGCAGCACCUAAGGAAGCUGCUAAACCUCAAGAUAAGUCGAGGCCAAUAUCUAGUACACCAGUGCCUGGAACUCCUUGGUGUGUUGUUUGGACAGGCGAUGGUCGGGUAUUUUUCUACAAUCCUUCAUCCCGUAUUUCUGUUUGGGAAAGGCCAGAUGAUCUUAUUGGUCGUCAAGAUGUCGAUAAAAUGGUAUCUACUCCACCAGAUGCGGUAGUAACUACUAAAACAGCACGUCAGUCAGAUACAAGCGAAAGCAGCGAUGAUGAUCAACCAACACCGGCGAAAAAAAUGAAGCAAGAAGACACGAAAGCUGCAGCACCAAAAGAAGAGGAGGAGAAAGAAAGUAAAAAGACCAUUGACAUCGGGAAAGAAGCUGCAAUAGAGGCGGAAGUACGAGCGGCUAGAGAAAGAGCAAUUGUUCCUUUGGAGACACGGAUUAAGUCAUUUAGGGAUAUGCUUGCAGAGAAAGAUGUAUCCGCGUUUAGCACUUGGGAGAAGGAGCUUCACAAAAUAGUGUUCGAUCCACGGUACUUACUUUUGACGUCAAAGGAGAGGAAGCAAGUGUUCGAGAAGUACGUAAAGGAGCGGGCGGAAGAAGAAAGGCGGGAAAAGAGGAACAAAAUGAAGGAACGGAAAGAACAAUUCCAAAAACUGUUAGAAGAAGCUGGUCUUCAUGGAAAAUCCUCGUUUAGUGAUUUUGCUCAAAAACAUGGGCGUGAUGAACGGUUUAAGAAUGUAGAAAAGAUGCGUGAACGGGAGAGCCUAUUCAACGAAUAUCUACUGGAAGUGCGAAAGAAGGAAAAAGAGGAAAAAACAGCUAAACGAGAACAGGUGAAAAAGGAAUUCAUAGCGAUGCUACGUGAACACAAAGACAUCGACAGACAUUCGCAUUGGAGCGAUUGUAAGAAAAAGUUGGAAUCAGAUUGGAGGUACAGAGUCGUAGAGUCGGCAAGCACGAGGGAAGAUUGGUUUAGGGAUUACAUUCGUAUGCUAAAGGAGGAGAGGAAAAAGGAGAAGGAAAAAGACAAAGAUCACCGGCACAGGGACAAAGACCAUCACAAGUCGGAGAAGAAGGAUAGGGACAGGAAAGAUGUGGAUAAAUACAAGGAAAAGUCGUCGAAGGAGAGAGCUGACAAGGAUAGUUCGAAGGAUAAGAAGCGAAAAAGCGAGGCACCCUCGGAAGAAAAUGGCAAAGAGAAAAAGGAGGCGGUAGCGGAGAAAGAAACAGGAGAGAUCGAGGACAAUGAUGAGAAACCCUCUAAGAAAGAAAAUGACAAGGAGGAUGCGGAAGAUCAGUCAGACUCGGAAGAAGAUCGAGAGAAACAAAAGCGAGAACGAGAAAGAAGAGCCGAAGCAAGUCUUCGCGAGAGGGAGAGAGAAGUUCAGAGGACUCUCGCCACGCAUCUUCGCGACAGAGACAAAGAAAGGCAACAUCAUCGUCACACAGAAGCGGUGCAACAUUUCAGUGCUCUUCUCGCGGAUUUAGUGAGGAAUGGUGAUCUAGCAUGGCGAGAAGCGAAACGGCAAUUGAGGAAAGAUCAUAGAUGGGAAUUAGCGGAGAGCUUAGAUCGCGAGGAAAAAGAAAGGUUAUUUAAUGAACACAUAGAACAACUUAGUCGCAAGAAACGCGAUAAAUUCCGAGAACUUCUCGAUGAAGUAGGAGCUUCUACUGAACUUACCGCAUCGUGGAGGGACAUCAAAAAGUCUCUAAAAGACGACCCUAGAUACCUUAAAUUUUCAUCUAGUGAUCGGAAAUGCGAAAAAGAAUUUAAGGAAUACAUUAAAGAUAAACUUGUUGCAGCCAAAGCUGACUUUAGAGAACUUUUACAAGAAACAAAACUUAUUACUGAUAAAACAUAUAAAAAAGUACAAGAAAAUAGUGCACAUUUAGCAGAAAUUGAAGAAAUCUUAAGGAAGGAUCGAAGAUUUCUCGUACUGGAAGCAGCAGCUGCUGAACGGACACGUUUAUUAAUGGGUUAUUUAGAGGAAUUGGCACGUAGGGGUCCGCCUCCACCACCUACUGCCUCAGAACCUUCAAGACGACCGACCACAAAUUAACGAGGCCCGCAUCAAAUCAUGGUAUACAUAUGGUGUCCAAAUAACAAAUCAGUGAAUAAAUUUAUAGCUGUAGUUGAAUUGAAGUACUUUACACACGAGAUGAUUAUCGCCUGUAAUUAUAGGAUUCAAUAAAACUAACGCCAAUUCCACACAGCUAAAAAUGUGUGUCAUACUGUAAAGAUGCCAUAGCGUAAGCAUAUCAUUAUUUGUUGGAUUACAUUAAAAUAGAUACUAGUUAACGAAAGAUUUAUUAGCAAUACUAUAUAGUAAUAUCAUAAAGUGCGAAUUUUAUACAUAUUUUAUCCAGGUUUGUUACAUAAG